UUCAGAUUUUGUAUUUGUUUAUCUAAAUUCGAUACGUUGGGGUCUACGAUUCUCUUUACUAAGCACUGCACAACUCUACUACUUAACGUAGCAUCUCAGGAUUGAGUUGCACUGCAUAGAGUUAACGCUACAUUCAUUUCUCUCUCUCUCUCUCAGCGAGGAGACGAACAGUCGAAUAUCGAGACAUGAGAAGCUUUUACAGUGUUUUUCUCCUCUAUUUUUCUAUGAAUCUUCUACUAUUUUCUACUAGCAUCAAUGGUUACAGUGAUGUUGAAGUUCUGUUGAAGCUCAAGUCUUCCAUGAUUGGACACAAAGGUUCAGGUCUCCACGACUGGGGAUCCUCAUCAUCUCCAUCUGCCCAUUGCCAUUUCUCUGGCGUUGAAUGCGACCAGGAUUUGCGUGUUGUUGCUCUCAAUGUGUCCUUUGCUCCUCUCUUUGGCACCAUUCCUCCGGAGAUAGGGCUCUUGAACAAGCUCGUAAACCUCACAAUAUCAAUGGUUAAUCUUACAGGAUAUAUUCCGGUGGAGAUGGGAAACUUGACUUGUCUCAAGGUAUUAAACAUCUCCAACAAUGUUCUCGGAGGCAAUUUCCCUGGUGAAAUACUUACUGGUAUGACACAGCUUGAGAUUCUUGAUGUUUACAACAAUAACUUCACGGGUCGUCUUCCAGUUGAGGUGGCGAACCUGAAAAAUCUAAAGCAUCUAUCUCUUGGAGGCAACUAUUUCACGGGAGAGAUACCGGAGAAGUACGGUGACAUCCGGAGCUUGGAAUACCUGGGUCUAAACGCCAACGGUUUUAAGGGUAAAAUCCCUGCAGCUUUAGGUCGUUUAAAGAACCUGAAACUCUUGUAUCUUGGAUAUUACAACACCUACGAUGGAGGAAUUCCUCCUGAGUUUGGCUUAUUGAGUCAACUCCAAUUGCUCGACAUGGUAGGCUGCAACCUCACCGGCGAGAUUCCUGCGAGUUUGGGCAAUUUGAAGCACUUGCACACAAUUUUCCUUCAGCGGAACAAUCUUACUGGCCGUAUACCUCCUCAACUCUCUGGUUUAAUCAGCUUGAAAUCGCUUGAUCUUUGCAAUAACGGGUUAUCAGGGGAGAUACCCGAGAGUUUCUCUGCCUUACAAAACAUUACACUUCUCAACUUGUUCAGAAACAAUCUCUACGGUCCAAUCCCGUCAUUCGUUGGUGAUUUUCCCCACCUCGAAGUGCUUCAACUCUGGGGAAACAACUUCACUCUUAAAUUACCGGAAAAUCUUGGCCGUAAUGGGAAGCUUUUGAUGCUGGACGUUGCUUCAAAUCACCUCACUGGGAUGAUUCCACGGGAUUUGUGCAAGGGAGGGAGGCUGAAGUUGUUAGUUCUGAUGAAAAAUUUCUUCUAUGGUCCACUCCCUGAAGAACUUGGUAAUUGCAAGUCUCUUAUCAAUAUUCGUAUCAAGAACAACGAGCUUAAUGGAACAAUUCCAGCUGGGAUUUUCAACUUGCCCUUGCUGAUUAUGUUCGAGUCUGACAACAAUUACUUCUCCGGAGAACUUCCAUCCCAGAUGUCUGGUGCUUCGUUAGCUCAGUUAAAAGUUUCAAACAAUAGGAUCACUGGUAGAAUCCCUCCAGCGAUUGGCAAUUUGGGCUCUUUACACAUUUUAUCUCUUGGAAUGAACAGAUUUACCGGUGAAAUUCCUGGGCAAAUCUUUAAUAUCAACUCGCUUUCAACGAUGGACAUCAGUCACAACAAUAUUAUUGGUCGAAUCCCUCCUUCAAUCACCCGGUGUGUUUCAUUUACUUCAAUUGAUUUCAGUCAGAAUAAUCUCACCGGUGAAAUUCCAAAAGGAAUUAACAAUUUGAUGGAUUUGGGCUUUCUCAAUUUGUCUCGAAACCAGCUAACCGGUGAAAUCCCUGGUGAAAUCCAAUACAUGACGAGUCUCACAACUCUUGAUCUCUCUUUUAAUAAUUUCAGUGGCAGCAUCCCCACCGGUGGCCAAUUUUUAGCCUUCAACGGCAGCUCGUUUACCGGAAACCCCAAUCUAUGCCUACCGCACCAGGUUACUUGUCCAUCUUUGGUGAACCAAGCUGAAGGUUCCGGUCACGGGCAUGCAGCAUCUUUCACUGCUACAAAGCUUGUUAUCACCAUCCUUACGCUGAUCACAGCUUUGCUGAUGAUGGUCGCCACAGUGUACAGAUUGAGGAAGAAGAGACUCGAGAAAUCACGAGCAUGGAAGCUCACUGCUUUCCAAAAACUAGAUUUCAAAGCCGAUGAUGUGCUGGAUUGCUUGCAAGAAGAGAACAUUAUAGGGAAAGGUGGAGCUGGAAUUGUCUAUCGCGGUUCCAUGCCGGACGGUCUUGAAGUCGCAAUUAAAAGAUUAGUGGGUCGUGGAACCGGAAGAAGCGACCACGGGUUCUCGGCGGAGAUUCAAACCCUGGGUCGGAUCAGGCACCGGAAUAUCGUAAGACUGUUGGGUUACGUAUCGAACAAGGACACCAAUCUGUUGUUGUACGAGUACAUGCCUAAUGGGAGCUUAGGAGAAAUGUUGCACGGUUCAAAGGGUGCUCAUCUGCAAUGGGAGAGGAGGUAUAGCAUUGCUGUGGAGGCUGCCAGGGGACUCUGUUAUCUUCACCAUGACUGCUCGCCUCUGAUUAUACACAGGGAUGUCAAGUCCAACAAUAUUUUACUUGAUGAAAAUUAUGAAGCUCAUGUUGCUGAUUUCGGGUUGGCUAAGUUUUUGCAAGAUGCGGGUGCCUCGGAAUGCAUGUCUGCCAUUGCUGGUUCCUACGGCUACAUUGCGCCAGAGUAUGCCUACACGUUGAAGGUGGACGAGAAAAGCGACGUGUACAGUUUUGGUGUUGUGCUGUUGGAGCUUAUAGCAGGAAGAAAACCUGUAGGGGAAUUUGGAGAUGGGGUGGACAUUGUGAGGUGGGUAAGGAAGACAAUAUCAGAACACCCUCAGCCGUCCGAUCCUGCUUCAGUGCUGGCAAUCGUGGACCCCAGGUUGAAAGAGUAUCCAUCGGCGGCUGUCAUCCAUCUGUUCAAAGUAGCUACGAAGUGUGUUGAAGAUCAGAGCUCCGACAGGCCUACCAUGAGAGAAGUUGUUCACAUGCUCACCGAUCCUCCACAGUCCACACCAAGCCCAUGCCUCAUCACCUUUUGAUGCUCAUCAGCUGCUGCCCAUUGUAGUAAAAAUUAAAAAAAAUAAAAACUUUAGGAAACUGUAAUAAUUUUCUAACCAUGUAAGGUUUUGGGUAUUCGAAAUAUGUCGCACUAAUUUCCAUGAUGGGGGAUAAUUGUAUGUGAGUUUGUUUUAGUUUUCUUA